AUGUGUUACGGCCUCAUGCACCGUGCAGCUAGUCUAGCGGCUGGCGGUGCACGGCCAGGGGUGCGGACUCGCUCGUGCGGAGGUCGGUCGAUCAUGGUUUCAUCUAUUAGCCAGAUGGUUGAUCUAAGCACGCUAGAUAAGGUGGAGCGAUUGGGAGCCAGCAGCGAUAAACCCACCGAGGCUGUCCGUCGAAGUUUGGAUGUCAUCGCCGAGGCAUUUGUUUCCCAGCCCUGCACCGCAUUGUACUUGGCGGACCCGGCAUCACGCGGGCUCAGCUUCUGGCGGACCAUGGCCGAGGAGAUAUUGCUGUCGCAGCCUGCGGACAACAGGCCGCUUUACGUGCUGAUGAGCGGUGAAACCCAACCCUUUGCUGCUGCGCUUGCAUACACAUGGCGCCCAGGCCAGCCCUUCAGCAUACCCCGGACUGAUGCCAUGGUCCGCCCCGAGUUGGAAGCGGAUUGGGAAGCGUGUGGCGACCUCUGGUACAAGCUCCUCAUGGACACAUACAAUAAAUAUGGCGCGUUCAUAAACAUCGACUUUAUCGGCGUGGUUCCUGGACGCGUUGGCGGAGGCCUGGGUCGCCGCCUGUUGGACGCCAUCUUACACGAUGCCGACAUGAACCGCCGGGCAGCCUUCCUGGCCGCAUGUGGCAGGCGCAACGAGGAGUGGUACACGCGCCAUGGGUUCCAGCGUCUUCAUUAUUACUACAGCGCCGUGUCUGGAUUGCCGGGACACUCUGCUGUAACCAGCACACCGGCACUCGGGCACAUGCCUACGACACAUCCACCAGGGGUCUCUGGCAGCUUUCCCCAGCCGCCGUCCAAAUUGACCAUUGGAGCCCACACCCCGCGGGGUGCUGCAGCCGGGCGGGACACGUCCAGAACCGUCGUACCUGGGCUGUUCUGCUGA